AAGAUCAAGAGGAUCAAGGGAAAACAAAAUCAACCAAUCAGAAUGUAGGAUUAAUACAUAGAUGUAUAUAAGGCAGAGUAUUUUUGUAGAACAUCAGACUUAUGUCAAUGAUCUAUACAGUGAAUACAGCAGUAAUAUACAACAUUAAUUUUGAAGAAUGGCCUACAAGUACGAAACUCCAGCAAGACGUGCUCUGUUUGACACAGCCUGCAAUGGGAACACUCCAGUCUCUAAGAGAAUUCCACACACAUUUGAGUCACCAUUCUCAAUCCGUAGCCUGCUGAACCUAGGCGAUGAGACAGCAUCACAAUCUACGCAAGCAGCUGAAGAAGCUUCCAGUGGCAACAUCAUGUCAAGCCUGGCGUCCGUUCCUGCCUUCGCUGAGCUAACAAAGACUCUUACUACAGAUAUCAACACUCAAGCCAUGCCGUCACAGCUGAUCCAGACUGUAUCACCUCAGCUGAUUCCAGUGCCAAACUGUAUCUCUGCUCUGGAGGAGCGUAUCUACUCACUCAAGGAUCAGAUGCAUGAUCAAACAAAGCUGCUCGAACUAGAGACCUUCUUCCAUGAACAGGCCCACCAGGUGGAGUGUGAGCGUUACACACAUCUCUCCAACUGUCUACCAAUGCAUCAACACGCCAUCAACAUCCAGUGUGACCAUCAACUUCGACUCCUUAUUGGUCGAGUAGAACGCAGCAUCAGACUCCUGGAGACAUCUAUCAUCACAAGGGACAACAUUAGCGACAACCUUGCUGUCUUUGAAACUAGGAACUCCUUGGAAAAUUGUGACUUGCCUCCACAGCCAAUCAUGACGUCAACUCCUAAGAAGAACACAGAGAAAACCAGGAAACCCCGUAGCCGUGCAGUAUACAGUCGUCAAGCCAAAGAUCUGCUAGAGACGUGGUAUGCUGUCAACUCACACAGCCCCUACCCCAGCAGUGAUGUCAUCACCUCUCUCGCCAACCAGACUGAGCUCACAACAUCACAGGUUCGCAAGUGGUUCUCCAACAAACGACUCCGAGGUGGACGUGUCAACAAGAAUCUGGUGCGCCAUCUAUAUCAGCACAAUGAACUCUUACCUAUCAGCUCUGUGCAAUCUUGGAUGUAAAAUCCUCUAAUGGACUCUGCUAAUUAUAUUACCAAAUUGUAUAUAUCAUGACUGUAUAUAUUGUUAAUAAUGUACAUUGUAAAUAUUAAAUGAUAUAUUUUUAUAAAAUAAAUAUUGUAAAAUGAAUUAAAAUUUUCUGUUGUGUAUUUGACCUGUUUUGACAUCGCAAUUUAACACAUGGUUUAUCCGUGUGAUCCUAAACAUCCUAUAGCCCAAUGACACUAAAUGUCCCAUUUUUAUUGCCCACCCUGUAUAUAUUCUG